AUGUUCGCAUCCGAUCAUCAGUUUUUUCCCCUCAGAAUAUCCUACGGCCGUGCGAUGUUUCAGUAUUUACAGUUGGGUUUACGCGGAAUCACGCUUUUCAUAGCGAAGAUAUAUCAUAUCAUCAGUUUUGCAAUACGGAGGGAAACUCGUGUGAUUUAUCAGCACCAAGCUGUUCGUUACGAUCUUUACCCGUUGUCGCCCAUCACCAGACAUCGAUUGAGCCUCGUUAAGCGAAAGGUGAUGGUACUCGACCUUGAUGAAACCUUGAUCCACAGCCAUCAUGAAGGUGUGAUUCGUCAGACUGUGAAGCCUGGUACCCCUCCUGAUUUCAGCCUUCGUGUGGUGAUCGACCUUCAUCCCGUGCGAUUUUUUGUACAUAAGCGACCACACGUAGAUUAUUUUCUCGACAUCGUGAAUAAUUGGUUUGAGCUGGUUGUGUUCACCGCGAGCAUGGAGAUUUACGGUGCUGCAGUUUCUGACAAGUUGGACAAUAAACGAGGCAUUCUCAGAAGAAGGUAUUAUCGUCAACACUGCACGCUGGAGUUCGGAAGCUACAGCAAGGAUCUAUCUGCCAUUUGUGAUGACUUGUCUUCAGUGUUCAUCCUUGAUAAUUCCCCUGGUGCAUAUCGAGGAUAUCCUGAAAAUGCUGUGCCGAUCAAGUCGUGGUUUUCUGAUCCCACGGAUACAGCACUGUUGAAUUUGCUUCCCAUGUUGGAUGCUCUGAGAUUUUGCCAGGACGUUCGUUCUGUUCUCGGGCGUAACCUUCAUCUUCACCGUGUUUGGUGACCUUUGCGAUGCUUAAGAACCUUGUGCGAACGUUUUUCACUUCUGUGAGAAGGGAGCCGCGAUCAGCAUAUGCGAUCCGAUGUUCGGAGUAGUCUGCUGAGUUGUGUUCAAAUUAAACCGCCGAUUUGUUAGCGAUUCGGCCUGGGUCCCCGUUUGAUUACCAUUUUUUUCGUAUAAGAAGCGUGCUUCCGAAGUUCAAAAAUUUUUUCUUUCAUCUUUUUCGCUUCAAACCCAGUGAUGGUUUUCGAUUUCGAAAAGCUUUCUUGUCUUAUUGCUCAAGAAUCAAGAUGUAUUAUUUCGCGGCUCGUCCGUCCCAAUAUUUCUUUCGUCGUGUAAAUCUAGAUGGGUUGUCUCAUUUCGUAAACCCUGGUAAUAUCGCUGGAAGCAAUCUCUGUUCCUAAAUUUAUUUAUUUUUUACAUCGUCGGCAGGAAAGAACGAAGGCACUUCCUGAUUGUGUGAUCAUGGAAGUUUGCUUGAUGAGCCAGUUGUAUUUUUUUCUGUUUUCGUUCGUUGUUUCAUCGGAGAAUUCAUCCCCAUUUUUGACAGUGUCGUAAAUUUUUCCCGGUUUUUCAAAAUGUAUGUUCUCAUUUUGUCCGGAAACACGCAUCCUUAUUGUGAUAAGUGUAGCUCGUCUUUUAGAAGAUCAUCAGCAAUGAAAAGAAAACCACUUGUUUACUGUAGCACGGACAAUGACAUACUGUAUCUUCGCCGGUAAAUUCAUCGGAAUGAUUGGACUCCGUCAUGAUUUUGUACUGCUUGCAGACGUGCUGUGAGGUGGAAAGAAAUCUUUUCUGUGAAUUCAUACGAUUGCUCUCCCUGUAAACAUGGGGGUUGUCCAUGCGAAGUCGAAGACCCCUGGCGAUGAAAUAAUCGAAACACGAAUACUGGAUACAUCAUCCCUGAAAGCCCGCGUGGAUCGAAUUCACGUCCAGGGACUGCAACGAACUAAAGAUGACUUCGUGCAAGCAGCCGUCGCCCCUUUAAUGGAGGUGACGGAGAUGAAUAACCUGUUUUUGACGGUGAACGAAGUGCGGAACACCCUUGGUCAGCUGGCAUGCUUCAAAAGCGUUGCUGUUGGAAUCGAUGUCUCGGGAACGACACCCGAUGGCGUCGAGGUCUGGUUUUAUGUUGAAGAGCUCAAACGUCAUCGAGGAGGCUUCAAAGCACAAGGCGGCAAUAACGAAGGCAGCUGCGGCAUUGGGUUCGAUUCAGUAAAUUUUAAAGGAAGGGGGGAAAAGGCGUCUUUUAGUUACGAAUAUGGCACUCGGAAAACUGCAUCUUUUGCACUGGAUGUUUCUAAGCCCCUGGUCGACCUAGGAUGCUCAAAGUUAGCUGCCAGUGCUUUCUCAACAAAUUCCAUCUCGCCUUCAUCACUUUUCCGGUUGACGUCCCGAGGAUUAAGUCUUGGACUAGACCUGUUCCCAUUCUGGGACGUUCAACACCGCGUUUCUUGGGAUGGCUGUUGGCGUGACCUGAACUGCAUGAGCAUCGACACGCCGUUUAGUGUUAGAGAGGAAGCAGGUCAUUCGUUGAAAUCAGGUCUCAGGUAUUCCGUCUCCAAGGAUUCCCGAGACUCGAAAAUGCUUCCGACCGAAGGAACCCUGUGGCGGCUUUCUUCAGAGGCGUCUGGUUUCGGUGGUGACGUCGGUUUUCUGCAACAUGGGUUCGAUUAUCAGGCAAAUUUUCGUGUCCUCGGGAACUUAGUCGGGCAAGUUGGACUUUCUGGGAAUGUGCAAUAUCAGACUCCGUGGCAGACAAGCAUGUCGCUGAAAGCUCCUCAAAUUUGCGAUCGAUGUUUCAUGGGAGGUCCUCUAGAUGUCAGAGGCUUCCGCAUAAACGGUGCAGGACCACACGCAGAUGCGGCGGCGCUCGGAGCGUCCACGAAACUCGCCUAUGGUGCACACAUUUACUUUCCAAUGCCGGGCAUUUCCCACUAUGGGUUUUCGGAUUCCUUCAGGUUCCACGCGUUUGCUACUGCUGGGCACAUCGGGGAACUUCAAGAAAAACCGAAUUUUGAAGAACUUCGACAUACUCUGCGGCAGAAUUUGCGAGCAUCUUGUGGCAUUGGUAUGGUACUUCGUCUAGGCGACAUGGCCCGUCUAGAACUGAACUACGCCCUGCCUAUGAUUUGGCAAAAUGGUGAUCAACGCCAACGAGGAUUCCAACUUGGAAUCGGAGUCGAUUACUUGUGAAUGCAUAUGCAUGUCUUAGGACCGCAUGUGCUCCAUAGUGCGGUCGUGGUUGGAUACGCGUCCGUAGUUGCAUCUGGGGGUUUUCCUGACCAAGGUUGAACCAGUGUCGGCCGUUGAUGCCGUGAUUGUAAAGGUGCGCGGUUAUUUCGUGUCCCGCGAACCUUUGUUUGCUUCGUGUGUGGAGAAUGAAACGGGACUAGUGAUUCGCUGUUCAAAAUCGCAUUAAUUCAUCUUUAAAGACCUAUUUUUGGUGAGUAAAAAUCUGUUGAAUCGUUUCGCAUUUGGUACAGUUAGUGCUGCUGGGGUGAGAGGCAGACCGUUAGAAACUGCGGAAUGUGUGUGGUAUGUGGGGAUACAUUUUAUGAUCCAAAAAAUAUUAAAUCAGUUAUGUGAGCCAUAAGUGUUUCUCUUCCGUUUGAAAAAAAAUGGGGCUAAUAAAACCUUCAUGAUCUUA